AUGCCUAGAACCAUCGAGGCCGACGAAAGUAGCUCAUCAUCAUGUUCGGAGUCAGAAUUGGAGUCCACUGGAGACGAGUACCAGGACUCUUCCCCGGACGUCGAAACUGAGGAUGACGACGAUGACUCAGAAGACGCCCCUGUUGCCGGGCAUUCUGGGCAUCUCCUAGGCUUUGGGACCCAUCUAAACACAACCAACAUUGCGCCCCAGGAUGAUGAAGCCAUCCUUGAAGUUGAAGAGUGCAUGGCGGAGUUCGAGGUCAACAAAAGUCAGGCAAUCAAUCCCAACAGCAAUGAGGCAUAUACUAGUUCAGACGAGGAUCGACUGUAUGGUGGGGGAAACCGCAAGCCUGCCGAGAGGUACCGUCAGAGCAUGAGGACAUUCAAUGAGGCCAGUUACAAGCGGACUCGCUACUCGAAGGGGACAUUAAGGCUCCUGCAGACAUGUGAAGACUUCUGGCAGAUGUUCUGUCGGGAAGUCAUGCAGGAUAGAGAUUGGAAGGCGUGCCACAGACGGCUCGAUUUCAACACUAUUUACCAUUUCCUAGAGUGGUAUCUGAACCAGAUCAAAAGUCCUAAUGGUCGAGCGAAGCGGCCUCUGUCAAAGUUUGGCUCUUUGAUCACGUUCUGGGUCAUCAGAUCUUUUGGCGUGGGCCGAGCCUACAAUGGCGGGCGCGUGAAGGUGGUAGACUCGAGUACGGGCACCACCUUACCACGGGGCUAUGGUAACGAAUGUGUCGGGGAGCUCCACUUCGGCGGCAACACAGUCAUCAGGCAAUAUCUGGGUGGGCUAUCUCCCGAAAGCUUCUACAAGGAGGAUGGGUUCUCGUGGUUCAAGACUGGCGAUCAGGGCCGCAUGGCCACUGGCGGCUCGAUCUUCAUGGUAGGUCGGUACAAGGACAUGAUCAAGAGGGGUGGAGAGAACAUCUUUCCACAGCAGCUGGAGUACACACUGCAAAGCGUCUGCCGGACCAAGGCUCAAGUAAUCGGUAUUCCUGACCUCAUCACCGGCGAGGCUUGUGUUGCUGUCGUCGACACUUCAAAGUCAGAACACUUCUCCAAGCUACAGCUACAACUUGACGUUUCCAAGCAUAUUGGACCGGAAUUUGUCUUUGUACACAUCCUCACACUGGAAGAGCUUGGACUCUCUGAUUACCCUCUCGGCCCGGGUGGGAAGGUUCGCAAACCUGUCCUAAAGGAAUUGGUCGUGGAACACUUGAACAAGACUAAACAACCGGACGCUCUCGCCAAUGGCAACGCCAGAUCCACCACAAAAGAUCAAGGCAAGGAUUAUUGGAUCGAAUUUGUCAAGUCUGUUUGGGCAGACCUCCUCCACAUUGAUUCGUCCCAGUUCGACGAAGACUUUCGCCUUGAGCACUUCACGGACAGCCUUACAGCCAUGAGAUACUGCUUCGAGAUCGAAAGGCUGACCUCCAAGCGCUUGACUGUCGCUGAUGUCCGUGAUGCUCCAACUAUCAGAACCCAGGCCAUCCUUGUGUCCGGGGCCAGCGUCGAGACAUACGUCGCGGGCAAGACGGACCUCGAUGUUCAGCAGGACACAGGGCCACCAACCCUAGCAGACGUGCUCGUCUGCAGGGGAAAAGAAUCCAAGUUCAAAGAGAUCCAGGAACUGGCGAAGCCGGUUCUGGAACAUCUCGGCCUCACCUGGGAACACGAUGUCCAGGAGUGCUUUGGCGCCUUACCGUUGUGGUGUGCAACCGUACUGCUCCCGCCGACGCGAACCUUCAACCUGCGCUUUGCAUUCGAGGUGCGCGGCCUUGAGUUCUCGGAGAUACGAGAGGCGCUUAUAAACAUUCUGAAGGUGCAGCCUAUGCUGGUGAGCACUGGGGUCAAGGUGGAUAACGGGCUUGUUUACCUCGAGCUACGACCAAGCGACCGUGUGCUCAGCAACGUCAUUACAAGAGAGCCGGAGUUUGGCUCUGUUGACUCAGCAGUGGACUAUGGUCUGCAUGAACCAUCCAAGCUCGUCCCUCACCCACCGGAGAUGCUGUGCCGUUUCGGUAUAUCGCCGAUCUCCGGUGAGGAUGCAGGAGAGGGUCCGGUUCAUGUCAUCAUCAUCUCCCAAGCUCACUCUGUCUGCGACGGCAUGACCAACUCGGUCUUGAUCUCCGAGCUGGAAACCCAGGUCAACCUAAUCCGGGCAAAGAAGGCUGGUGAUGCACUGCCUCGCCAUAUUUCUCCACGAUUCAUCCCAUACAAGCUCUUCUGCGAAAUGUAUGAGAAUCUAGACUAUAGCACGUCAGCUAAGUAUUCCAGGGAACUCAUAGCCUCCCGUUUCCACGGCGUCGCCAAAGAGGCCGUCACGGCAUGGCCUUCAUUCGACCCGACCAAGAUCAUGAGCAUCUUUGGCGGCUCGGACGUAAGCAGCAGCAGUACAGACAUCUGCCGCGGCGGCAUCCUUCUGCAGCGGUCACGAAGGACGCCAGGUAUCCUUUCCCUGCAAGACACACACGGCAUCCCUCCCUCGGUGGCCCUCAAGGUCGCCUACGGCCUAGCAGUGAUGCAGAUGACAGGCAAGAAGACGGCCCGCUUCCUGCGCGUCGACGCGGCCCGCCACUGGCCCUUCCAGGGCGCCUGGACGCAGUCCCACCUGCCGAACCCCUUACUCGUCGGCGGCCCGACCCCCGUGCUGGCCUGGGAGCGCCUCAGGCUCGGCGGCGGCGGCGGCGGCGCCACCACCCUCCUGGACGUCUUCCGCCGCGCGCAGGCCGAGGACGCCGAGGUCGCCCCGCACACGCACGUCUUCAACUCGCACGGGGCCAUCAUCCAGCACCUCCCGCCCGAGGACGCCGCGUUCGUGCGCGGGGCGCGCCCCUUCGACCCCAAGAUCGCCCUGAACCACGUCCCCGACGUGGGGCGCUUCACCGGCGCCGACGGCCUCCGCGCGCUCAAGCUGCGGGGGAUCUCGUUCUUUGGCACCGGGGUCACGCCGCUGCAGUCCGGGUUCGACGUGGGCGACCGGGAGCUGUGUGUUAUUGCUGGGCUGGUCGAUGAGACAAAGUGGGAUGAUCCGGAGGGGGAGGUCGGUGGGUUCGAGGAGACGAUUCUCAGGACGUUGGCUUGUAUUGUCAAGCCGGAGAACUGGGACGCGCCGGUUGUUAGGUUUGCAGAACCUAUUGAGGAGUAG